AUGGACACGCCCGUAGCUCGCCCCCGGCAUCCUGGACAAGCUGUUCGACUUCGCCCGCUUCCUCUACGACCUCGGUGUCUACGAGAAGGCCGCCCAGCUCCUGCCCUACAUCCGUAUGCUUGCCACCGACCCCGCCAAGUCCCUGGCCGCCGCCUGGGGCCACCUCGCCUGCUGCAUCCUCACCAACAAGUGGGACUCCGCCAAGGAGAUCAUUCUGUCCCUGCGCGAUGAGCUGUCCACCAAGAAGCUUGAGUUUGAUCUCACCCAGGUCCUGUGCCAGUUCCUGGACCCGCACCUGGCUCUGCGCCUCAUCGAGUUCGCUGAGAAGCGCCAGGUCUACAACGAGAAGGACAUCCUCCAGGCCAAGUUCGACAUCGUCAAGAAGACCACCAUCCCCGACCUGAUCAGCCAGGUGUUCUCGGAGCUGUACCCCGGUCAGCCCCUCCCGGCCGAGUACGAUGUUGACCUCGAGGAGAAGCGCGACCUCCUGCUCGAGGAGUACCAGGAGUCCUGUGGCGAGAUCAUGCCCAUCCUCCAGGAUGGUGAGCUCGUCGAGACCCUCCGCCAGGAUGGCACCUUCACCCUGGCCUUCCUGAUCAGCGAGUACAAGGAGUUCCUCAACGAGUACUCCCUGGUCAAGCAGCGCGCGUGGCUCCUCCACUGGUCGCUGUUUGUCUUCUUCAACGCCCCGAAGACCAGCCCGACUGCCUCUGCCGCCGCGGACGAGGCGUCCGAUGAGGACGCCGACGACGCCGACGACACCCCCAUCGAGACCGUCAUCGAUGACACGCUGAUCGACCUGUUCUCCACCUCCGAGGUCUUCCGCCAGGCGCUGCAGCUGCACGCGCCGCACCUGCUCCGGUACCUGGCCGUGGUGGUGGUCAUCUUCCACCGCCGCCGCCUGACCCUGCUGAACCUCAUGUCCAUGUUCAACCAGGAGGCCCACAUCUAUGCCGACCCGAUCCUGGAGCUGAUCAGCUGCGUCUACCGCAAGUUCGACUUCGACAGCGCUCGCGGCAAGAUCCUCGAGUGCAAGGCCGUCUUCGAGAAUGACUACUUCCUGAACCCCUACUGGGACCAGUUCUUCGAGGCCGCGCGCCUCUUCAUCUUCGAGACCUACUCCCAGAUCCACAAGCGCAUCGACAACAAGAUGCUGGCCGAGUACCUGCAUCUGGACAUGGAGGCCGCCGAGCGCUGGAUCGUCAACAUGAUCCGCAACGCCUCGCUCGAUGCCAAGAUCGACUCCACCAACAACGUCGUCAUCAUGGGCCAGAGCCAGCGCAACCCCAACGCCCAGGUGAUCGAGAUCACCCGCGGCCAGGAGAUCAAGAACCAGGGCCUGCUGCAGCGCAUCAACGAGCUGGAGUCCUCGCAGAACAGCACGACCUCCGGCGCGGCGGGUGCCCGCGGCGGCGCUGCCGGCGGCAAGCCCGGCAACAAGUCCGGCCCCAAGUCCGGCGGCCUCGGCAGUGGCGGGGCUCGCGGUGGUGCCGGCAAGGAGGGCGGGCACACCGCCGGUGGUGCUCGUGGCAGCGCCAUCUCCUCGGGUGCCCGCCGCCAGCCGGCCACCGCCCACUGA